UUACAUUUAUACAGAAGUAGAGAUUAUCCAAAUAAAAAUGGAACCCCGUUAAAAAGGAAGGUCUCAAAUUAAUAAAUUAAGAUCACAGUCCAGAAUUUAGACGUGUUGUACAGGAAUCUUCCGUUUCUGGGGGUUGAAUGGUUGAAGACUUUCUUAUUUUCUGAAGACCAAGCUCGUUGCCGCCUUUAAAUUAAUUGCGUGUUUCAUGUGCUUCAACUGUUUUGUCGCUUAACUUCUAUAAUUCUAAAGCAAAAGCAAAAAGUUUUCUACUCACAAUUUCCUAUUGCCUAAACUACUGAUUUUUUUUUCACGUGGAAUCUCAACUGGAAUGAAUAUUCUUGUCGCCAGAUUCACAUUAUUUCACAGGUAAGAAUAUGGAAGGGAAAAGAAUAAGCUUAGAUACUCCCAGGAAUGGAAAAUCCAAGGUUCUUGAUCCAGCAUUUUCUGCAUUUUUAGUUCAACUUCCGUGCAAACUUCAAAACUGCCUUAAGUCACAGCUCAAGAGAUUAGCCAAAGAUGGUGACAGAAUAAAACCGUUGAACUCUUUUCUUGAGAAGAAGAACGGUUCAUCUUCCGGAUUGGGGAUCAAUCUAGAGAAACAAUUGCAAGCUUGGAGAGAAAAUCCUUCAUGGGUUAAUCCACCUCCAGAAAUAGAGGUCAGUGUAGCGAAAGGUUCUCUUUGCUACCUUAAGGCAACAAUUGAUGUCGGGUUGCCCCCUGAUGCUGUGUAUAAUAUUGUCACUGAUCCUGAUAACCGGAGAGUUUUUAAAAACGUUAAGGAAGUGAUAUCAAGAAAGGUUUUAAUCGAUGAAGGUCAAAGACAGGUGGUUGAAGUGGAACAAGCAGCUUGGUGGAGAUUCCUUUGGUGGUCAGGAACCAUCUCAGUUCAUGUUCUAGUGGAUCAAAACAGAGAAGAUUACUCGAUGAGGUUCAAACAAAUGAGCACCGGAUUCAUGAAAAAAUUCGAAGGUUACUGGCGAGUCGAACCGUUUUUUGUCGAUGAGAAAACCUGUUUUCCUUUCAAACCUAAAACAUGGGCGGAGUAUUGUUCGUGUACUGGAGGUAAAGGAAGGAUUGGAUCAAAGGUGAGCUUAGACCAACUAAUUCAACCAGCCAUUGCACCUCCUCCGCCCAUUUCAUGGUAUCUAAGUGGAAUACCUGCAAAAACCACUGAGAUGCUGAUAAAUGAUCUACUUGCCGAGGCCGACAGACUCAAGGGUGGCCGUGACUCGGAAAUUUCAGAGGAGCUUCGGUUAUCGAAGGAAAUAGGUGGAUACCAUCACCAACUCGAGCAGGUCUCUGACAUUAAAGAAAGAUGGAAGUCACAUAGGAGAAACAGGAAGCUAUCGCGGCAUCGUAGGAAGCUGUUGACGGAGGAACCCUCGAGUGCUUGAUUUGUUCGAAUUCAUUUGUAUUUUGUUGCACGAGUAUUUUUUAUAUGAAAUUUGUUCAACAAUAUUGUAAUCAUAUUCCCAUUUUAACUUAAUCUCAGUUUUAAACCACUUAUGGAUAAA